AUGGCCGCCGCUGCCGAGAUGGCCUAUGCGGAGGCGCUCCAGCGGCGAUGCGCUGCCGUUCCUGCGAGCAGCAGGCCCGGUCGUGAUGGUGCUGCUUCUGGCUACGGGGAGGGACUCGCCCAGCCCAGUGAAGGCGACAGCAGUAGCAGCAGUAGCGUCGACAUCAGCCAAUGCGAGACCGUCAUGGCGUCCUUGAAGCUGGACGACUACAUCCUGUCGCUGGCGGCCUGGUCGCAGCCCUACGUGCGCGAUCCGUUCCUCUUUGGCGAAGAUGGAAAUCCGUGA